CCGGAAUUUAGAUUGAAUUAGUACCCAUAUUUAUUAUUUAUGUAAAUAUGGUUUUUGUGAGCUUGUUACCGGUUUAUGAAAGAAAAAUAUCUUGUAAAAUAUUGGUAACACAAAUCUGAUUUAAUAUUAGAUUAUAAGGAUGGCUGACAAAUUUGAAGAGUUAUACCAAAAGUAUAAUCUCUUAUCCAACGCCAAGGAAAACAUCACAGAGCUUUCUGAUGAAUACCUAGAAUGUAUAGAACAUGCCAAAGGUACAGACAAAGAAAAAAAAUUGGCGGCACAAAUUAUUGCCCAGUACUUCAAACAUUUUCCACAACAUAAUGAAAGAGCUUUGAGUGCUGUUUUUGAUCUUUGUGAAGAUGGAGAUCCAUCGAUACGAAUAAGUGCCAUUAUGUUCUUGCCAAUGUUAUGUAAACAUUCUAAAGAAAUUGCUACAGUGGUAGCUAAUAUUUUAGCUCAACUGAUGAUCCUGUUAGAUCAACAACAAGAAUUUAAUGUUACUUGUAAUUCUCUGGAUCAGGUGUUCAAAGAAUAUCCAUUAAAAACAUUAAAAGCUUUGUUUACUCAGAUAUAUGCAGCUGAACCAACUACAAGGGAAAAUGCUGUCAAAUACAUAUACAAAAAAAUUAUCAAAUUAGAUGAGAAAAUUACAGCUGUAUGUACUGACUUACUUAUAGAGGAAGGGAAGAAGAUAUUGCAGGUGUCUACAGUAACAGAGUUUUUAAUAAUAAUUCCUUUUUUUAUGAAUACAAAAUAUGCAAGAACGCCAAUUGGGCAACAGGAAUUGGUCAAUUUAAUAGCACAUAGAGCAGAAAUCAACCAAGAGUUUGAAGGCAAAGAUAGUUUGAUUUGUGAUAGACUUAUUAUAUGUACUGACCAUGUAUUGCCUAUUUUCAAUGCAACUGUUGAAUCAACAGAGUAUGUAAAGUUCUAUUGUAAACAAAUAUUGCCAAAAUGGGAUGUGAUCGCUGAAUUACAAGAUGGUGAAGUGAUGCAAACAAAGCUUUUACAACUGCUGGCUGAUCUUUCUAAUCAUUGUGGCAAAUUAGAUACUCCAACCUCGUAUAUUGUUCAUAUAUUUGAUAAAUUAAAGCUGUACAUGCCUCUUCCGCCAGAUGAUGAGGAUAUAAACAAAAUUCCAAAUCUAAACUUCUCUGCUGUAGAAUGUUUACUGUAUGCCUUCCACAGAUUAGUAAGACAGGUUCCUGAAUUUCUGACUUCAGAUCCAACUACAUUCAAUGAUUUUAGAUCUAGACUGGCUUAUUUUUCCCGAGGUGUAGGAGGGUGCAAACGUGCUCUUGAGAUAAUACAUAAUAAAGAUGAUGAAAAAAUUAAAAUAGCACCUACAUUAUUGGACAAUAUUAAUACUUUGAUCAAAGACUUAUUUUAUCAGACUCCUACAUAUAGGUGUAAUAUUCAGCUUUCCUUUAAACCUGUGAAUAGUUCUAAAAAGGAACCUAUAAAACUACUAAAUAUACAAAAAAGAUAUGCUCCUAUAGACUUCAACUCAAAUAAUGGUAGUCAAACAAGUCAUAAGCAUAUGCGAUUAAAUAAAAGUUCUGAAAAUAUGAAAUUGUAUACACCACCUAGUGGGAAGUUCAGCAAUAAUUUCCAAAGCUACGAUGAUAUGGGAGGUCGUGGUAGGGGAAGGGGUGGCAAAGGAAUGAGAGGAGGUCUGAAGAGAAUGAAACCUAGAGGAUGGAAAAACUAGGUUCAGGUUAAACUUCCAGGAAGUUAUUUUCAAUUCUAAUAAUUAGAACUUGAAGGAAGUGACUUUUUAUAGUUAUAAAGGCGUUAUAAAUAUUUGUCUCAGAUUUAAGUUAUUUUUUGGCUUUUUAAACAGAAUAUUUUGCUUUGAGACGUUUUAUUAAUAUUUUGUUCUGUUCAAGACAAUUUUUUUUUUAAUAAAAGUAAGAUAGAAAGAACUAAUUAAGAAUUCACAAAAUCUUGCUGUUUUAUGUGAGAUUUAUUAUGUGUUUGAUGUAAUAAAAUGUGUUUUAU